ACCAUGUCUCUGGAGGUAAAGGAGAAGAAAGAGGUACGUCUGGUGUUCAUGGGAGCAGCCGGGGUGGGCAAAACGGCUCUCAUCCAGCGCUUCCUCUGGGAGAGCUUUGAGCCCAAGCACCGGCGUACAGUGGAGGAGCUGCACAGCAUGGAGUAUGAGGUGGCCGGUGUCAAAGUGACCGUGCACAUCAUGGACACGAGCGGCAGCUACUCCUUCCCAGCCAUGCGCAAGCUCUCCAUCCAGAACGGUGAUGCAUUCGCCCUGGUCUACUCCGUGGAUGACCCUGAGUCACUCAAAGUCGUGAAGAGUUUACGCAAGGAGAUCUUGGAGGUCAAGGAGAACAAGUUCACGCCGGUCGUAGUGGUGGGCAACAAGACGGACCUUGAGGCUGAGCGACGCGUGUACGCCGAUGACGUUCUCGCCACCAUGGAGCUGGACUGGAACAACUGCUUCUUGGAAGCAUCGGCCAAAGAGAACAACAACGUGCUGGAAGUGUUCAGGGAGCUGCUGCAGCAGGUCAAUGUGCCGAGCCGACUGAGUCCGGCCCUUCGGCGCCGCAGAGAGACACUUCCUAAAAACAGAGGAGUGCGGCCACCCAUGAACAAAACCAACAGCUGUGUCAUUUCCUAAAGUGGCCAGGAGAGGGAGAAAAAGUUUAGGUAGCUAUAGAAUGAACUUUUUGAACCUUUUAAAUUCAGCAUCAUUGUUAGCAUGCCAGUAGUAAUACUGUGAGAGGUUAAAAGAUGAAAGGUGGCUGCUGAUACAGAAGGAAGGACGUAAAAAGUCAGAUCAGCUGAUGUUCUGAAAGGACAAAGCACAGCUGGAGGUUUAAAUAUGCUGAAUAAUGAGGUAGCUACAAUUCUGAUCCUCAUUGUCAUGUCCAGUGUUUGAAUAAUGUGUGAGUAUUGAAAAACUAUUGCUGUCUGGAUUGUAACAACAAUAUAUAUAUUAUAUUAUAUUAUGUUCUUUGGUGUCAAUUUUAUCUUAAUAAAGUCCAUGUUUGUCACUGUACAAA